AUGUUUCGAAAUCGAAACAUUCCAGCAGUUUAUAUUCAGAAAUCCGAAGAAACGAUUGAUUACUCGGGUUGUUCGUCGUCGAUGAGUGAUGUGUCAGUGCUGCUCGGUUUCGUUCACUCCGAUGGUCCGUACACUCCAUCGUGUUCCGGAUUCUCUUUCUCAUCUGAAGACUCAACAUACGAGAAAGCUGUCUCCGAGUGUCAUUCGAUUAAAGAAAGUUCACUCUUCACUGAGGGUCUUCUACUUAAAUGUAUCGAUUUGAAGCCCCUUUUCCCGUAUCUUCAUUUCGCGCAUUUCUCCUCACCGGACUACACCGGGCGAACCGGCGAAGUGACCCAAGUGAUCAGGGAUUGUGGCGCGUCACCGAAUAGUCAAUAUGGGUGUUACGAUGAGGUUUACACCAUUCAAAAAGCGGCUACUUCGACGGAGAAUCGCUUGCCCGCGCAUCGACACGCCGGCUACAUUGUGAUCGGUUUCAAGUUGUUGGAUGAUGCUUCGAAGCCUCAAGCCCUUGAGAAGACUUGGCUACAAUGGUCGGGCGCUCACAUCCGAAUUGAUAUCGAAACGGUCAACCUCGUCCGUUUGCAUAUGUUCUGUUGUGUGACACUCGACAUGUGUGAGAGGAUGAGAGUUCGCAAUUGUGGACACGUGGCGCUAUAUCAGGUCCAUACAGCGUACAACUCACUUCCCCAAGUGCCCCUGAUUGGACAAUCUUCUCCACGAGUCGUUAAAAGAAAUCCGAUGCUUCGUGGCUUCAGCCAAGACGUAGAAUCAACUGAGUCAAGGAGACAAAAGCUUCGUCCAAUGCGCGAUCGCAGUUUCGGCUAUAUGGAAGAAGAGAAUUUCGAGAGUUUCCCAGGAUCUCUUCAAAAAUAUGAUCAUUAUGGAUCGGCGACAAUCAAUAGUUUAAGUCCACAUAGGAGAUCCCCGCAAACAUAUGUUGAU